AUGCCGUACCUCGGCCAAGAAAAAAGACGUGGCCCAAGAUCGCGCAGAACAGACGAUGAGUUCGUCGUAUUUCUACAGGGGAUUCCGGCUCACUGCCGCUGGCAAGAACUGAAAGAUCUUGUCCGCCAAACUGCGAUGCAUAUCCGACAAGCCGUCGUAUAUGAUGACAACCAUGGAUUUCCUACAGGAUUGGGUCAAAUUAUCGUCAAGAAUGAAGAUGAAGCAUGGCGAACCUACCACAGGUUAUCAACCAACGGAUGGGAAGGCCAGAGCUUAGUUGUUACCUUAGCGCGCACUAACGCACCUACGAAACCAAUCGCUGGCCCCACUAGAAGUCCACUUGCAAUGGUCCAAGGUUAUAUGUCCGGACACUCGACACCUCCACGAUCGCAGGGCAACAUGGCCAUGCCACCUUCGCCCAUCUCGCCUGAUUCCGUUCAAUCUCAGAGUCCAACCUAUCCAUACCCAGACUACGGACAAAUGAUGAGUCCCAUGGGAAUGCCACAACAGUUCAUGCACAUGAUGCCCGAUCCCAUGUCCCAACCAAUGCAGUGCUUCCCUCCUUCUCCAAUGAUGCACUGCUCCAUGUUUGACCCUCCAGCUUGGAACAUGAUGCCAAUGUACCCCAUGUCUCCAAUUCAGCCACUGCCGGAAUCCAACGAGACUUACCAACAUUUCCAUCCACAAAGGCCCUGGACAAGCAAGAGCUCGGAUUCAAACACAGAAACAAGUGAUCUGACACAACGCGCCGUUUAUAUUACGAAUUUGAAUGCGAAGACUACAACAUCAGACUUGAGGAGUCUCUUACAAAGCGCCGGCACAGUCGAACAGUGCAAUGUCACCGUCACUGCGGACGCACACGAGAACCAGGCCCAAACGCAAGGAUCAGCCAUAAUGCAUAAUAUCGACGAGGCCAAGUACGCUGUUGACACACUUAACAAGAUGACGUUCAUGGGGAUGCAGAUCCGAGUGAAGAUGGAUAGUCGGCCGGCUGUUGCUCGGAGUGGGAGCUGGGAUGGAAAUAUGGCACGGGAAGACUCGAGUGAGCGGACUUCUGACGGAAGUGAUUUUGAUUGCAAUAGUUUUGAGAAGAUGGACCUCUCAAGCAAUGCCAUCGAGCCUCGGAAGCCCCUUGUUGUGGAUGGUUCGGGACAAGCGAGACGGUCAUUAGAGAUGUUGUCGACGUCGGCGCCUACUUAG